CUGAAGAACAAAUCGUUCACGAAUCGGACCGCACUGUCAGUCAAGACUGCGUUAUAGAGCUACAUCUUGCAUUUUCUUUAGCUAGUACACAGUUAGUCUUAUUUUUUUCACCAUGCCUUUCUCUGAAUUAUAUUUUAAUGUGGAUAAUGGUUAUCUGGAGGGGCUGGUGAGAGGUUUUAAGGCUGGUAUUUUAUCUCAGGCGGAUUAUUUGAACCUUGUUCAGUGUGAAACUCUGGAAGACCUGAAGCUUCAUUUGCAGAGCACUGACUAUGGAAGCUUCCUGGCCAAUGAAGCCUCCCCCCUCACUGUCUCCGUCAUUGAUGACAAGCUGAAAGAGAAGAUGGUGGUUGAGUUUCGCCAUAUGAGGAACCAGUCUUAUGAGCCUCUGGCCAGCUUCAUGGAUUUCAUCACAUACAGCUAUAUGAUUGACAAUGUCAUUUUGCUGAUCACUGGAACUCUGCAUCAGCGGGCCAUCUCUGAGCUGGUGCCCAAGUGCCAUCCACUUGGCAGCUUUGAACAGAUGGAGGCCGUUAACAUUGCCCAGACUCCAGCAGAGCUCUAUAAUGCCAUCCUAGUGGAUACACCACUUGCUGCUUUCUUUCAGGACUGCAUCUCUGAGCAGGAUUUGGAUGAGAUGAACAUUGAAAUAAUUCGCAACACCCUUUACAAGGCUUAUCUAGAAGCUUUCUACAAGUUCUGUUCCUCAUUGGGUGGAACAACUGCAGACACCAUGUGUCCAAUUCUGGAGUUUGAGGCAGACAGAAGGGCUUUCAUCAUUACCAUUAACUCCUUUGGUACGGAGCUCUCCAAAGAAGACAGAGCGAAACUUUUCCCUCACUGUGGCAAGCUCUACCCAGAGGGUCUCGCACAGCUAGCCCGUGCGGAUGAUUACGAGCAGGUCAAAGCUGUGGCUGAAUACUACCCUGAAUACAAGCUUCUCUUUGAGGGUGCUGGCAGCAACCCAGGAGACAAAACCCUUGAGGAUCGCUUUUUUGAACAUGAGGUGAAACUUAAUAAGCUGGCCUUCCUGAAUCAGUUUCAUUUCAGCGUGUUCUAUGCCUAUGUCAAAUUGAAGGAACAAGAGUGCCGGAACAUUGUGUGGAUUGCAGAGUGUAUCGCCCAAAGACACCGGGCUAAGAUUGACAACUACAUCCCCAUAUUCUAAUGGUACAUAAUAUCAGUCUUGAAUAAUGAUCCACAUGGCAUGUAUUAACUGUGCUCUGUUAUGUUAAGGUUUGAAAAUGAUGAUUCUGUCUCCUCUCUGUUUCUUGCACUAUGCCACUCUUACCUUUCAUUGUGAUUGUCUUUAUUAGAGUAAAGGAUCAUUUUUUUGAGUUGACUUGCAGAGCAUUCCCUAUCAACACUUGGGAUUUUUUUUUUUUUUUAUGAAAAGUUUUAUAAAAGUAGUCAAUGUUAUUUUGCUUCAUAAUGUCAUGGCUGUGCAAUAAUGUCAGCUGGCAAGCGAUCACACCCCAGUUUGUUUUAGUGAAACACAAAACUAAAGAGAGAUCUAUUGUGAUCCAUUGUGUCACCGUACCUGUGUAAGACUAGGAAAACAUACAUUCCAUCAUUAUUAUUUAUGCAUUGAAUACUUUUUCGAUUAAUGUACAUUUUCAGAUUAUAAAUUCUCUGAACUCGUGAUCUCAGUGGAUCCAGCAUUCACAUCUGAUGAGUGUCAGAGAACCUCUGCUAAUCUAGAUAGUUGUCCUUAUUCAUGAAACAAGCAGAACAAAUUUAAAAUUGUACGUAAAACCAUUCUUGUGUGAAUUGUUGUAUUCAAUUCAACAGCACGGUUUAUGUAAGAAUAGGUUUAUGAUUGAUUUACAGAGAAAUUGUUUUGCAUGUGUUUCACAAAUAAGGUACAAUAGGAUUAUCCUUAAAAAAAGAGAAAUGCUGGGUAUUUGAGUGAAAAUGUUCUUUUGUGUGUAUAGAUUCUUUAUGUAUGUUUGUUAAAAUGAGAAUUGUGUGCUUCCCAUUUGUAAAAUAGUGCUUACAUUUGUGCUGACAUAAUUUAUGGAGUAGAUCAUAUUUUAUGAUUGACAGCAGAAUCGGUGAGGUCAAAUGGAUCUAGUAUUAAGAGAGACCUUGCCCUCUGCUUGCAAUGUUAAAUCUAUUGUACUGUUGUAACCAUAUUGUCUGUUUUAAGUGAUCUAAAUGAAAUCUAUAUAUAUAUAUAUACACACUGUA